UAUUUCUGUUAGAUAGCACGACAAACACAGUUAACGAUACUUCGAUGUUCACAGAAAUCACGAGCCCGUGUCGGAGGCAACGUUUUCUAUCUCGUAGAGAACUCUGUUUGACAGAACCAACAACAACUUCAAUGGAUCGUACAACAAACAAACUGAAUUUUAAUCACAUACCACUUUUAGUUGAAAACUUGAGUAGUAAGCCCCUAGACGAACAUAUUAGAAGGCUUCCUAAGGUGAUAAUUAUUGGCGUGAAAAAGUGUGGGACCAGAGCUUUAUUGGAAUACCUGAAACUUCAUCCUUUAAUAAAAGCCCCUGGCCCAGAGCCUCACUUCUUUGACAGAAACUACCACCGUGGACUUGACUGGUACAGAUCAAUAAUGCCAUCAACGAAGGAACACGAGAUCACCAUGGAGAAAACUCCAAGGUACUUCGUGUCUCCAGACGUACCAGAAAGGAUAUACAACAUGUCUCCAAAUACUAAACUUGUUAUAGUUGUUCGUGACCCAGUUAUAAGAGCACUAUCUGAUUUCACUCAGGCAGUUAGUAAAAAUGAAGUGGAAUCUAAUAUGACCUUCCGUAGGAGGGUUUUACGUAGAGAUGGUGACAUCAAUAUACACUCAUCAAUCGUUCAAACUGGAAUUUACGUUCGCUACAUCACAAAUUGGUUGGAGUAUUUUGGAAGUAGCAACAUACACAUCGUCAGUGGUGAGGAACUCGUUACAAAUCCUCUAGCUGUGUUAGAGACCGUGCAAGACUUUAUUGGUGUUGAAAGAGAAAUAGAUGGGAACCUUAUAUAUUUCAACAAAACGCGUGGAUUUCCGUGUAUAAGGAUAUUAAAACGAAAGAGGACAUCAAAGUGUUUCGGCAAAACUAAAGGAAGAAACCACGUACAAACUGAUUCAACAACACUUAAACGUCUGUACGACUUCUAUAGUCCCUAUAAUCAGUAUUUGUUUAAAGUAAUAAACAAGACGUUCAAAUGGAAUCUCAUACAAAGAGAAAAGUAACCAUAA